AUGGUGAUGGAAUACUGCGUGUGUGGGAUGCAGGAGAUGUUGGACAGCGUCCCCGACAAAAAGUUCCCUGUCUUUCAAGCGCAUGGGUAAGUUAAGCAAGGCGGGUGCCGUUUCAUGUGCCCCCCCACCCUGUCUGAGCAGUCCUGGUUUUGGUGCUAGUGGAAACUGAAUAAUAAUAACAAUUUAUUAUUUAUACCCCACCCAUCUGGCUGGGUUUCCCCAGCCACUCUGGGCGGCUCCCAACAGAACAUUAAAAACACGAUCAAACAUCAGACAUUAAAACCUUCCCUAAAGAGGGCUGCCUUCAGAUUUCUUCCGAAAGUCAGAUAGUUGUUUAUCUCCUUGACUUCUGAUGGGAGGGCGCCACCACCGAGAAGGCCCUCUGUCUGGUUCCCUGUAACCUUACUUCUCACAGGGAGGGAACCGCCAGAAGGCCCUCGGAGCUGGUCCUCCGUGUCCAGGCUGGACGAUGUGGGUGGAGACGCUCCUUCAGGUAUACCGGGCCAAGGGUUUGUGUUUUCCCUUGCUCUGUCCUCCUGAUGUCAUUGCAAGAUCACCUUGGCAUCCUCACCUCUGUUGACGUCGACUCCUGAAAACCUUUGUCUCCCCUUCUCCGGUGCUGCAGUUCCUGCAGGAUCAUUAUGUUACUGAUAUUUGGCAGCAAGCGUGGAUCUUGGUUGCUCUCCUCUGCACACCUUCCAGCUUGCAAGUAUCCUUCUUAAAUUGUGGUGCCCAGAACUGGAUGCAGGACUCGCCUGACCAAGGCAGAAUAGAGCAGUACGAUUACUUGAAUCUCAACGAAUUUGUUUUUGCGUCCUUUCUGAAUCCAGGUUUCCCCCUCUCCUUCUCCCCUCUCCACACGCAGGUACUUCUGCCAGCUUAUCGACGGCUUAGAAUACCUGCACAGCCAAGGGAUUGUCCACAAGGAUAUCAAACCAGGAAACCUCCUGCUCACGACCAACGGGACGCUGAAGAUUUCGGAUCUGGGCGUGGCAGAGGUACGUUUUUGGGCUCCCGUGCUCAGCCAUGCCUUUCGUUUUCCUACGAAUCUCCCUCUUUGUGUGCGCCAAGGCAGUUUACAAAAAUAGGACAUACCGUAUUUUUCGCUCUAUAGGACGCACUUUUUCCCCUCCAAAAAUGAAGGGGAAAUGUGUGUGCGUCCUAUGGAGCGAAGGCAGGCUUUCGCUGAAGCUAUCCGCAAACCUUCGGAGCGCGGUGGGAGUGCCCACCGGGCUCCGAAGGCUUGCGGAUAGCAGCAAGCUCCGGGAGCGAAGGCGAGGUUGCGCUUAACCUCGCUCCCGGACCCGUUCUGGGGUCGGGGGAAACUCGGGCUUCCCCCGCCCCCGCCCCGCGGCUAAAAAGGAAGCCAAGACAGCGAGCGGGAUGGAUCCCGCUGCCUGUCUAGGCUUCUGCCAAAGCCGCACGCAGCCUCUCCUGGCUGGAGAGGUUGUGCGUGGCUAAAGAGAUGGAUCCCGCUGGCUGUCUUGGCUUCUUUGCUCUUUGCCCCAAAAAACUAGGUGCGCCCUAUGGUCCGGUGCACCCUAUAGAGCGAAAAAUACGGUAAGCCACCAAAAAGAAAGCAACACAAAUGACGAAAGAGAGAUUUUUAGAAGCAAUACAGAAGGAACAUCCGAGGCAAUAGAACUUCUCAUCCGGCUGGGAGAGCUUCUUAAGUGAAUGAAGACAGUGUUGUCUCAAGAAGCUUUACCAGAAAUGUGGAUAGUGACUGACCCACGGAAUAGGGGCAGCCACACUCAAAAGGUCCUGCUCCCUGAUUACUAUGGAGCAGGCUUCUGGUAUUUUUGGAACCUAAAGGAGGAAAUCUCCUACAGUGAGCUAUGGGGUAUAUAAGAGGUAAAGCCUAUCUCUCAAGGGCCCCUAUACAUGUUUGUGACUGUAGAGGUGACAGCCGCUAAGUUCAUGGAAUUUUAGAGUUGGAAUGGGACCCCAAGGGUCAUCCAAUCCAACCCCCUGCAAUGUAGGAAUCUUUUCACCCAGUGUUGGAUUCAAACCCACAACCCUGAGAUUAAAGAGUCCUGUGUUCUACCGACUGAGCUAUCGCAGCUGACUUGAGCUAUCCAAGUCUUCGAAAGGGGAUUGGAUAAAACUCAUUUGUUAGCUGCAAAUUAUGGCAGUUUCAUGCCACCUCCGGGUUCGGUGGCACCACAAAUGCCACUCGUUGGGGGCACCGCCGUGAGUGAAGCCUGUUUCUUUUACUUAGCAUCUGUUUGAAAGCAUUUUUUUAACGAAAGCAUUUACAGUGGUACCUCUGGUACCUCGGGUUACGUACUUAAUUCGUUCCGGAGGUCCGUUCUUAACCUGAAACUGUUCUUAACCUGAAGCACCACUUUAGCUAAUGGGGCCUCCUGCUGCCGCUGCGCCACCAGAGCACGAUUUCUGUUCUCAUCCUGAAGCAAAGUUCUUAACCCGAGGUACUAUUUCUGGGUUACUGGAGGCUGUAACCUGAAGUGUCUGUAACCUGAAGCGUAUGUAACCCGAGGUACCACUGUAUUAAGAAUGGCAUGAAACAGUCCAAACAACAAAUGAUGGGAACCGGUCACUGGGUACAAAGCAAAAUACAGUCAUGGCCUGUGUAAGGCAGGAAAAAAGAGAAUCUUUGAGUUGGAAGAGCCACCAAGGGUCAUCCAGUCCAACCCCCGGCAAUGCAGAAAUCUCAACUAAAAGCAUCCCUGACAGAUGGCCAUCCAACCUCUGCCUAGAAACCUCCAAGGAAGGAGAGUCCACCACCUCUCUUGGGAGUCUGUUCCACUGCCGAGCGGUUUCAAGUUUUUACUGGAAACCGCUAACAUCACCCUAGUUUCUGCCCAGUUUCUCCAUGCCAGGCGUAAUUUUAAACACUUCCAUCAUGCCGCAGCCCCCUUGCCUUUUCUCUGAACUGAAAAGUUCCAAACCCUGCGUCCUUUCCUAAUAAGGGAGCCCCCCCUGUAAAUAAGAGAGCCAGCGUGGUGUAGUGGUUAAGAGCGGUAGUCUCGUAAUCUGGGGAACCGGGUUCGCGUCUCCGCUCCUCCACAUGCAGCUGCUGGGUGACGUUGGGCCAGUCACACUUCCUUGAAGUCUCUCAGCCCCACUCACCUCACAGAGUGUUUGUUGUGGGGGAGGAAGGGAAAGGAGAAUGUUAGCCGCUUUGAGACUCCUUCGGGUAGUGAUAAAGCAGGAUAUCAAAUCCAAACUCUUCUUCUUCUUCCCUGUCGCCGUUUGGUUGCCCUUUUCUGAAACCUUUCACGUCACCCUGGAGGCGACGUAUUCCAGAUGUGGUUUGCAUCAUAGGUGCAGCCUUCAGAGACGCCUGCUCACGACCGGCUCUCAAGUCGUCCGAUGGGAGUCCAUUUCUCAUUUAUUCCACGCUCUCUGUGAUGUGUGGCUCCCAGCCAAUCGGUGGGACUGUGCUAGGAGCUGUUGCAGCAUGAGGAUCUCCCGUAAAAAAACAUGGGAACAGCUGCUCGCGUCCCCUACUCAUUUUCAGGGCUCAGAAGUGCCCUUCUUCCCAAGCCCCAGGGCCCACCUUGGGUUUGGUCUAUGAGAGACUGGAGGGCGUUCCUCUGAUUCUCCAGAAAGUGGGAGCUGAUAAGUGGAGAUUCUCGGUUUUCCUUUGCUUUUGACCUGGGAUUAACCCGCGCUCUCCCCCUCUCUCCCCACGCCUCUCUCGUUUAUCUCCCUCCCGCAGGCGUUGCACCCGUUCGCAGAGGACGACAUGUGCCGAACAAGCCAGGGCUCGCCGGCUUUUCAGCCCCCGGAAAUCGCCAAUGGCCUGGACACCUUCUCUGGCUUCAAAGUGGACAUCUGGUCGGCUGGCGUCACGCUGUAAGCACAAAACCGGCAAAUUCACAGCGGCCCUGGCCUCUGCAGGCGGCAUUCCUGGGCAGGUGCCGAGCCCACCACCCCACUGCCUUGAACCCCCUUUCUUUCUUUCAAAUUUUUAAAUUAAUUUUCACAAAAUUCUAAACAAAUCUAAAUCAUAACCUUAUUAAAAAGUACACUUAUUGACAUUGUUAAGGGACUUCCUCGCUUCCCCUUGGUUGAAUUUCAAUGCAUAUCCUUUUAACGGUUUUCCAAAUCGCCGUUCUUAUAAAAUUUAACUUGAACGUUAACAUAUUUAAAUCUUGUAUCGUUUUGAAAUUAAACGUAUUAAUUCAUCACUUAACUUACAUAGAAUCCUAAGCCAAUUAAGUAUCUGCAAGCUGCUUCCAAUUAAAAUAGCUUAACAUAUUUAACUAAAUAAUCAUUAAAUUUUGUCCAUUCUUCCUGAUACUCCUCCUCCUUCUGGUCGCAGACUCUUCCGGUUAGGUCAGCUAGCUCUGAAAAAUCCAUCAUCUUCAUCUGCCAUUCUUCUGAACCCCCUUUCUUGGAUGAGCUCUGGGCUUUUAAUUCCAUACUGUGCCCCAGCACUCAUUGGGAAUGCACUGCCACAGCUUCCCCUCCUUCUGCAGCUUUCUAAGCCAGCCUUCCCCACCCAUGAAUUCUGUAUUCGAAGUGGGGGUGGCUACACCCUUCAGAAAGGGUGAGGGGGUACCAUCUUAUUUAUUCGUUGGAUUUCAAUCCCACUCCUUUCUCCUUCAAGGAGCUCACCUCCUUGUGUGUAUGGGUUCUCCCCGUCCUCUGUUAAUCCCCACAAUGCCCCUUUAAGGUAAUUUAGGCUGAGAGAGGGACACGGGUGGCUCGGCCAGUAAAGUGAGAUGAGCGCCGCAACCCCAGAGUCGGCCACGACUGGACCUAAUGGUCAGGGGUCCCUUUACCUUUACUUUAACUAUCUUAACACCAAAUCAAAACCCCUCUUCUGCAAACUGAGAUGCACCCCAACACGGAGGAAUUCGGCCGUAUGCAUUUGUGCUUUAUUCUGAAUUUACAUUGUUCUCUUUUUUUCUUCCAAAUCCCUCUUUUAUCGUUAAGCCAUCCAGGGAACUUCUCUCGCAUUAUAGGGUUGACAUAUAAGAAAUACAGUGGUGCCUCGGGUUACGAAUUUAAUUGGUUCCGGAGGUCCAUUCUUAAUCUGAGGCGCGCUUUCGCUAAGGGGGCCUCCCACUGGCGCACAAUUUCCGUUCUCAUCCUGGGGCAAACUUCUCAACCCGAGGCAACUACUUCCAGGUUAGCGGAGUUUGUAACCCGAAGCGUUGGUAACCCGAGGUACCAGUGUACCGCCAACAAACGGAUAAUCGAAAUGAAGGGGGCUGGUGGGCUUGGCAAGGAGAUGAAGCUGGGACAGGAAGGGUCCCACUUCCCCCUCUCCUCAACACCCCCCCCCCACAAGCCGCUUCAAGCAAGUUUGUGAUGUGCGAGAGAGCCAGAGCGGGAAGCUGAGCCACCUCUCUGCAGAUCCAUCCCGCUGAUCACACCUGUGCCUUUUGUCUGUUUGCAGAUACAACAUUACGACCGGCCUUUAUCCCUUCGAGGGCGAUAAUAUUUAUAAGUUAUUUGAAAACAUUGGGAAAGGGGAGUACACGAUUCCUGAGGACUGCGGCCCUUUGCUUUCAGAUCUGCUUAGAGGUGAGUGCCCUAUGAUGAUGAUGAAGAUGUCACAAGUUUGCUUUGUAGGAAAAGUUCCACCCCGGAAAAGGUUGUGGCUGUGUGAUUUGCUCUUAAAGGUAAAGGUAAAGGGACCCCUGACCAUUAGGUCCAGUCAUGACCGACUCUGGGGUUGCGGCACUCAUCUCGCUUUACUGGCCGAGGGAGCCAGCAUACAGCUUCUGGGUCAUGUGGCCAGCAUGACUGAGCCGUUUCUGGCGAACCAGAGCAGCACACGGAAACAUCGUUUACCUUCCCGCCGGAGCAGGACCUAUUUAUCUACUUGCACUUUGAUGUGCUUUCGAACUGCUAGGUUGGCAGGAGCAGGGACUGCGCAACAGGAGCUUACCCUGUGGCGGGGAUUCAAACCUCCGACCUUCUGAUUGGCAAGUCCGAAGCUCUGUGGUUUAACCCACAGCGCCACCCGUGUCCCAUGAUUUGCUCUUAUGCUCGAGCAAAUAGAACAAACUGCUAUAAGAAAAACUGCUCCCUUUCCCUUAUGGGAUAUUCCAGAGCCUGUAUAAAGUCCUUAAGUGGGUUCCCUAUCGGUAGGAGAAAAUAACAGAGGCCAACCAGAGAAUAUUGAGAAGCAAAGCAGCUAGUAAGCCUGAUCUUUAUGGAUCUGUUGCAACAGGGUCACCACUCAAAACACACAGGAGGGAGGAGAACCCCGAACAAUGGUGUGAAAGCCCUUAUAUAGACUUUUGAAAUUGCCUCCCCUGUAGCCCAAGACCACCCCCAAAACAUCAUGCAUGCAUCACAGAAGGAGGCGGUCUACAACAGAAAUCCUGCCUGCCAGGAUAGCUGAUAAUGGUCACUGAUUGCCUUUCCUGGGCAGCCUGGCCAUUCUUUUGUGAUGGUUAACACUUUAGUUCCUGGAUCCAGGUCGCAGGCUCACCCUGUUCAUACACAAAUAAGACAGGAUUUGUAAGCAAAAAGACAAUGGGAAGGCUUUCCCCAUUUGCCUCCCUUCCUGCAGAAGGAUAUCUGAGGUCAUUGGCAGAGUCAAAAUGGCUUCAGGAUUGCUCUUCCAUACUAUUUCAGACACAUGGUUCAUAUAUUUAGAUAUGUGUGUGAUUAUGAAUAGUUAUUCUAUAUUCGAGACCUUAAAAUUCUUAUAAUCCCAAAUAGUUCCAAAUGAUCCCAAAUAGUUGGCACUUUCAGAUGCUCUCAGUCUGUAGCUUCCUCACUGCCAGGUGGCAAAGUCUGAAGGUAAACUGACUGUGUGGUGUACUGCAACCCUUUACAUUUAUUUAAUCGCAUUUGCAUUCCGCCUUUUCCUCUGUGUGCUGUGUGUAGUGUUGUAAACAAAAAUUGCCCUUUUCCCUUAUGGGGUAUCCAAGAGCCCAUAUAGAGUCCUUACAUAGGUUCCCUAUUGGUCGGAGAAAAUAACAGAGGCCAACCAGAGAAUAUUGAGAAGCAAAGCAGCUAGUAAGCUUGAUCUUUAUUGAUCUGUUGCAACAGGGUGCUCCCCUCACACGCAGGAAAGGAGGAGGACCCAGAAAAAUGGUGUGCAAGACCUUAUAAAUACUUUUGAAAUUACCACCCUGUAGAUCAAGACCACCACCAGAAACAUCAUACAUACAUCACAGAAGGGGUGUAACCUAAGACCACCCCUCAGAUACAUCACACCUACAUCACAGAAAAGGCGGUCUCAAAAGAAAUUUAAAUGUUGUUUAUCUCUUGUCCUUCUUUAUCUCCUGUCUGGCAGCUUACCGUAUUUUUCGCUCUAUAACACGCACCAGACCAUAACACGCACGUAGUUUUUAGAGUAGGAAAACAAGAAAAAAAAUAUUCUAAACGAAACAGUGGAUAUAUGAUUUUUGUGGUUCAUGCUGUGGCCACAGACAUGUGAUCUGACAGUGAGUUUGGAGUAGCCCAAUGCAAAAAUCCUGAUGAUCCAUGUGGAUCCAUGCUUUGUAACCACGCUUUUGCACCACUGCGGCCCCAGGCAACAGUGGGUACGUGAUUUUUUUGGUGCAAGAUGUAGCCAUGGACAUGCUAUGUGAUCUGAUGGUGAAUUUGGGGUGACCCAGUGCAAAAAUCCUGAGGAUCCAUGUGGAUCCGUGCUUUGUAACCACGUUUUAAGUGGGGAGGGAAGGAAAAGCACUCAAGGGACAAGGGGUGGGUGGAGAAGGAUGCUGUUAAUAAUGAAGAAGAGGGGUUUAAGGGGAGAAGGCUCCUCUCCUCUCCCACUUUGCUUCUUUAAAGAAGCAGGCUCUCUGUCCCUCUCUCCUCCCUACUCAGCGGCUCUUCUCCCGCUUUGCUGUUUCAAAGUGAGCCCCGGAGGAGGGAAGGAAGGGGAACCAUGGAUCCUCUGCUCACGACUGCAGCAGAUCCCCCCGCCACCCGUAGGCAUUCGCUCCAUAACACGCACAGACAUUUCCCCUUACUUUCUAGGAGGAAAAAAGUGAGUGUUAUGGUGCAAAAAAUACGGUACUUGAUUAGAUUUCCUGGGUAGCCUGGCCAGUCUUUUGUAGUGAUAAAUACUUAGUUCCUGGGCCAGGUCACAGGCUCAUACCCUAUUCAAACACAGACAGGAUUUGUGAAGGAAAGGACAAUGGGGAGGCUUUUCCAUUUUGACCUUGCAGAGAAAAGAUUUGGUCAGUUUAGGAAGCAAAAUGGUUCCAGGUUGGCCUUCCUGUGCUGAUCUAUGUAUGUGCUUGGUUGGUACACUUCAUAUUCAUAUUACCAUAUAUCUAAGACCAUAAAAUUCCUAUUACAAUAUUUCUCCCCUUCACCCUUAAUCCUCACUACAAGCCUCAAGGUAGGUUAGGGCUGAGAGGCCUUGGCUAGCCCCCCCCCCCCAAGAUUGCCCAGUGAGCUUCACAGCCGAGUGGAGAUUUGAACCCUGGCCUCUCCCGGGACCUUGUAGUCUUACACUCUCUAGGCUUUGGGCCUCGACUUGCGGUCCACCGAUUUCCCCUCCGCCCUUCCCUCGCAACCCGAUAGGACAAGCGUAGAAAUGGAAAAUCGAGACAUCAGUUAACAAGUACAAGCAAAACAAAUGUCAGCCAGCCCAGCUCUUGCAGACCCAGGCAUCCAAUGAAACAUUUUCUGCCCCACAUCCACAGGCAAGGUUAGCAAGGGGUCUGCGAGGGGCCUCUCUUAUUUUUUUCAAACGAACAAGCCAGGGCGCUCUGUUGCCUUUUGUUCGCGGCAAGAUAAAGCGUUCUAAGAGCACUCAAAACCCUUGAUUCCUUAUCUAACAGCCAUUAUGGUACAGCUCAGUAAAUAUUUAACGGUGGGGGCCUUUUAUUCGUUUCCAGCAGGUUUCAAAAGAGACUCUCUCUAGCAAGGGAAAUGUAUUUCAAUAAAGAACUACCGUAUUUUUCGCUCUAUAAGACGCACCAGACCACAAGACGCACCUAGUUUUUGGAGGAGGAAAACAAGAAAAAAAAAAUAUUCUGAAUCUCAGAAGCCAGAACAGCAAGAGGGUGCGCUGUGCAGCGAAAGCAGCAAUCCCUCUUGCUGUUCUGGCUUCUGUUGAUAGCUGCGCAGCCUGCAUUCGCUCUGUAAGACGCACACACAUUUCCCCUUACUUUUUAGAAGGGAAAAAGUGAGUCUUAUAGAGCAGUGUUUCCCAACCUUGGGCCUCCAGCUGUUUUCGAACUACAAUUCCCGUCAUCCCUGACCACUGGUCUUGCUAGCUGAGGAUUAUGGGAGUUGUAGUCCAAAAACAGCUGGAGGCCCAAGGUUGGGAAAUGCUGUUAUAGAGCAAAAGAUAUGGUAUUUUACUUUUAAAAGACAACUGAAGGCGGCCCUGUUUAGGGAAUUUUUUAAUGUCCAGUUUCCUCAUGGUCCCUUCCAACUCUAUGAAUUGGGUUUUUCCUGCGCUGCUUCAGAAGGCUGCAGUUCCCGAGAGGCUCCUGCAGGCGGCGCUGCUUGCACGGGUUAUUUUUCUGUUUCUCGGGAAUCGUGCUUCAAAGGAGACUUGGAAUCCUAUUUGCUUCGUUCCUGCCUCUCCCCGAGUGCCUGACUAACCUCCCUCCCCCUUGCAGCCAAUGCCAUCUGCACGGCUAUUUUGAUUUUGCUUCUUUUUUUUUGCGACGGUUAUCACUCUGGUGUAAGGCUCCCGCAUCUUAUCUCUUCAGAGCGCCGUUACAUAAGGCCCGGCUCGGAACCGUUCUCCAAGCAGCUGGUCCUGUUUCUCCCGCGACAGACUUUGCUUUUAUUCUUGGAUUUGCAGCCCGCCUCGUCUGAAGGGCCGCAACGGCAUGUUGGAACACACUGCAAGGGCCUGCGUCUCUGCCCCCACCCCCCCAACACUCCUGACGGGAUGAAAUGCGUGCCAAAAUAGAUUUAAAAGAGCCCCAUAAACCGAGCUGGGCUUCCCUCCAUUAAAAACCGGCCCAGACAAGAACAGCUUUGCUCCCUGAGCGUUGGGCGUGUCUCCAGAGCAAGUUCCCACCAAUUUGGGGGGUGGGCCAGCUUGCAAAUACCUCUGCGUUGGGUGGUGCCAUUAACCACACGAUUCCUCCUCAAGAAUUGUCUUCCGCAGCUUGGUUUAAUAAUAAUAAUAAUGAUCACAGUUCCUAAAUGGAGCAUUGUGGAAAAAGCAGCUUCGUGAGAAUUUUUUUACGGUUGCAGGAAAAAGGAGCUAAGGGACGCGGGUGGCGCUGUGGGUUAAACCACAGAGCCUAGGACUUGCUGAUCAGAAGGUCAGCGGUUCGAAUCCCUGUGAUGGGGUGAGCUCCCGUUGCUCGGUCCCUGCUCCUGCCCACCUAGCAGUUCAAAAGCACGUCAAAGUGCAAGUAGAUAAAUAGGUACCGCUCUGGCGGGAAGGUAAACGGCGUUUCCGUGCGCUGGUCUGGUUCGCCAGAAGCGGCUUAGUCCUGUUAGCCACGUGACCCGGAAGCUGUACACCGGCUCCCUUGACCAAUAAAGCAAGAUGAGCGCCGCAACCCCAGAGUCGGCCAUGACUGGACCUAAUGGUCGGGGGUCCCUUUCCCUUUUUAAAAAGGAGCUAAAGACCAUGUUCACUGUUCCCUCCCUCCCUUUAUACUCACAACAAUCCUGUGAGGUAGGUUAGGCCGAAAGAUCAUGACUGGCCCAAGAUCGCCCAGCAAGCUGUGUGUGGGUUUUAACCUGGCAGAUUCCGUGUCCCCCCCCCCCCCCCUUUGGACCCUUUAAGCUCCCAGGAUUCUCUGCGAUGUGACAGUUAAUUUUUAUUUUUUUUUAUAACUUUUUUAUUCAAAAUUGAAACAAAACAUAUUAUCCAGAAACAUAUAAUCCUUAUCCCCCCCAUUUCCCCCUCCCCUCCCUCCCCCCACAGAACCCACCCACCCCCGACUUCCCUCAGUUCCAGUCUUUGAUUUCUCUAAAAAUGCUGUUUUCUGCAUGUUACACAGUUGUAUAGAUCCUCAAACUAUUUCGCUGAUUACUAUCAAUAAAAAGUUUGUGAAUGUUUAUUCAGAACCAAGGAGUGCAGUUCGCUUUGUUGCGUCUUCAGAUACUUCGUAAAGGGUUCCCAUUCAUCUUUUAAGUCACAGUUAUCCUUGUCCUGUAGCUUGUAUGUCAGUUUUGCCAGUUCUGCAUAGUCCGUCAAUUUUUCUUGCCAUGAUUCUUUAGUUGGGGUUUCUUCAGUCUUCCAUCCUUGUGCUAUUAAAACUCUCGCGGCCGUAAUCGCAUACAUGAAUAUGUUUUUUGGCAGGUCUUUCCCUACAACCGCCAACAAAAAUGCCUCGGGUUUUUAAACAAAUGUUAAAUGGAACAUUUUCUUCAAUUCGUUAUAUAUCAUUUCCCAAAAUUUUUAAUUACCUUACAAUCCCACCACAUAUGAUAAAAUGUCCCCUCCUUUUCCUUACACUUCCAACAUAUAUUUGAACUAGUUUUGUACAUUUUCCCUAGCUGCACUGGCGUUGCGUACCAUCUGUACAUCAUCUUCAUGUAAUUCUCCUUCAAUAGGGAACAAUCUGUAAAUUUUAAAUCAGUUUUCCAUAAUUUCCCCCAAUCUUCCAUCAUAAUGUUGUGACCUACAUCUUGUGCCCAUUUAAUCAUAACUGAUGGAUUGCGAUGUGACAGUUAAAAAAAACCUCAGGAGGCUUCCCGCCGCAGCUCUGUGCGAAACCCUGCGAGCAAGCAGAAAACCCCGCCAGGCAAAUCGUUGUUCGAAAGAGAGGGCGUCUCAGCAUUGCAUUUCAAUUUGCUUCAGCACCCCAAUGCACUUUUAGGUUUUUAAGUUUGCAGCGGGCAGGGUCUCGGGGGCUGGCUUUGUACAACAGGAGGGCAUCGCCGCACGGCACCGCAUUUCGUGCAGGAGCAGCUUUCCGGCUUCUCUCCGUUCCGACAGGGCCCUCUAAAGGGAAGUUCUCUUUCUGCAGUUCUCUUUCUGCACAUAACUGUGGCAUUAUGGGAAGUCUUGCUAUGGGAACUAUUGCUUCUUUUCUCUUGCAUUCUGGGAAGUCUCGCUUCUGCUUCCGCACACACUGUACAAACCUGUUCCAAACACACCAAGACAUUCCCUCAUUCCUCAGUUCAUUUUAAGUUCAUGAACAAACAAUAUGAUCUGUUCUUAAUGCAUAGCUGACCACAUCUACGGAACUCGAUUAUUAUAUUCUUUCAUGUUAUGAUCAAUCAUUAGUAAUUGUUUUAGUCAUGUUAUAUUAAUCUUAAGUUAUAAUUUAAUUAGGAGGUUUCAUGCCUGUCGAGUUCCAGCUCCGUUUCUCAGCCUUUAAUCUAUCAGUGAUAAAUGGUUAUAUGUAAUUCCCGCCUUGUACCUAUGUUAACCAAUCAGCAACAAGUUGCUUUGUGUUUGUAUCAACCAAUCAGCCACAAGCACACCUGUGGCAAUGUUUGUAAUAUUCAAUAAAAGAGAGUUCCCGGGGCUUGCCCCGGCAGACGCCUCAUAUGACACCUGCCACUCGUCUGUCGUGAAUUCAUUCCAACAGCCCUCUCCUCGCUUGGGCCUGGAGCCAGAGGGAGGAAGCUGCGGAGAGCGUUUCUUCCUCUUUCUCCCAGUGCAAAUGUCAGCGUUACAAGGUGUGUGGAGCGGAGGCUGAGCAAGAUCAAAAGCGCUCCUCCCCGGCCAAAUCGGCCCGUGGGAAGGUGCCGGUGCCACAGUGGCAAGACCUGGCCGCGUUGUGACUCUCCCCACCCCGCAACAAUACGUUCGAAACAAAAAUGGGUCUGUUUUGUGCGCCAGUUUAUUAGGAGAUGGAGGUGCAUAUGCGUUAGAAAAAGCAGUGAAACAAAAACCCCGCUGCCUCCUAGAAAACCCUUCUGAGUUUUACAGAGCACUUCAGACUGAGCAAGGAGCCAGCGUGGGGCCCUCCAGUUGUUUCUGGAACUACAGAUCCCUCUGUCCCUAACCAUAGGAUGGGGCAGAUGGGAGUUGGAGUCCAGCAGUACCCCAGAGGGUGUCCGUUUGGCUGCCUCUGGAGGGACCCUUCCUCUCUCCUGCCCCCGCAGAGCAUGGAAAUGCUCCCCAAAUUAUGUGUUUUGUGUCUUCAGACCGUAAUUUUAUGGGUGGCGCUGUGGGUUAAACCACAGAGCCCAGGACUUGCUGAUCAGAAGCUCAGCGGUUCGAAUCCCUGUGAUGGGGUGAGCUCCCGUUGCUCGGUCCCUGCUCCUGCCCACCUAGCAGUUCAAAAGCACGUCAAAGUGCAAGUAGAUAAAUAGGUACCGCUCUGGCGGGAAGGUAAACGGCGUUUCCGUGCGCUGCUCUGGUUCGUCAGAAGCGGCUUUGUCCUGCUGACCACAUGACCCGGAAGCUGUACGCCGGCUCCCUCGGCCAGUAAAGCGAGAUGAGCGUCGCAACCCCAGAGUUGGCCACCACUGGACCUAAUGGUCAGGGUCCCUUUACCAUUAGGUCCAGUCGUGACCGACUCGGGUUGCGGCGCUCAUCUCGCUUUAUUGGCAACGGGAGUUCACCCCGUCGCGGGGAUUCGAACCGCCGACCUUCUGAUCGGCAAGUCCUAGGCUCUGUGGUUUAACCCACAGCGCCACCCGUGUCCCUUAUCCCAUUACCUUUACCUUACCAUAAUUUUACGUUGUGAUUGUGAACCGCCCUGGGAUCUACGGGUAAAGGGUGGCAAACAAAUUUAAUUAUUAUUAUUAUUAUUAUUAAUAAUAAUAAUAAUAAUAAUAAUAAUAAUAAUAAUGGGGGAGGACAGCAACAACUCUGAACCCCUUUUUCACCAGCUGCCUGGUACUUGACGCCGUACUUAAAUGUUUCUCUCUGUCUCCCCUUUCUUUUCCAGGAAUGCUUGAAUACGAACCAGCCAAGAGGUUUUCAAUACAACAGAUAAGACACCACAAGUGAGUGCUUGAGGUUUCAUCUUCUGCUGCUUCCUUCUAUCUGAUUGUGAUGGGAUUUUUUUUGUGUGGUGGUGGUUGGGCAUGAACCACUUCUCUGCUGCUUUGCUCGGAGGCAGCAGGAAGGAAGGAUAAAAGGGAGCCGAGAGGGGAGCAGCGCUGGGUAAUUUACAACCCUUUUUUUUUUUAAAAAAAAGAAAAGCAUCCCAUUUGGUUCUUUAAAAAGCCUUCGGGGAAGCUUUCAAAGCUCGCUUGCGGAUCGAUAAAAAGUAUGCAGUUGCUUCGGAGGAAAGGCUGCGUUGCCCUAGUAAAAGCCACAGCGGGUAUGGAAUUCCCCAGUAAAACUGUCGGUGGGUGGGAUCCUGUGUACUAAUAGAGAACUCGAUGUUCUGAGUGUGGAUCCUCACCCGGAAAAAAAUGUCUGCAUCUGCACGCAAGUGGAAGAAUGGGCAAGCAUGGGAGGCUCCUCCCCCAAAAGGUUUGCAGAAGGGCAAAAUAUAUAUACAGUGGUACCUCGUGUUAAGUACUUGAUUUGUUCCGGAGGUCCGUUCUUAACCUGAAACUGUUCUUAACCUGAAGCACCACUUUAGCUAAUGGGGCCUCCUGCUGCUGCCGCGCCACCGGAGCAUGAUUUCUGUUCUCAUCCUGAAGCAAAGUGCUUAACCUGAGCACUAUUUCUGGGUUAGCGGAGUCUGUAACCUGAAGCGUAUGUAACCUGAAGCGUAUGUAACCCGAGGUACCACUGUAUUUUUGAGGGGGGAUCCCAAAAGGCGAAGUUCCCUUUUUGUUCCGUCUUUCACCUCCAGAAGCGAAGUCCGCAUUCCGUGCCCACGGAGCAUGCCCAGUAGAAUGCCUCCGUCAGAACAGAGCAUGCUCAGGAGGUGUGGAAUGCUGGCUCAGCUGCUGGGGGGCGGCAUGGAGAGCCAGGAGGAAGCGCUGGAAUGGAAUGUGGAAUCCGUUAAAGGUAAAGGGACCCCUGACCAUCAGGUCCAGUCGCGGACGACUCUGGGGUUGCGGCACUCAUCUGGCUUUAUUGGCCGAGGGAGCCGGCGUACAGCUUCCGGGUCAUGUGGCCAGCAGGACUAAGCCGCUUCUGGUGAACCAGAGCAGCGCACGGAAACGCCUGCCUCCAGGUUAAACAAGCAUUUUGUUCAGACUUAAAGAUAGGGAUCAGUGGUUCUUGCAACCACCGAUAAAAACUUUGCGACUGCUAAUGUUCUAGCGUUUGUCCAGUCUUCCAAUAGGAACCUGACAUAGUGAGCCUCUGAUUUUCCCGGGGAAGGUACCAGCAAGGGUAGUAUCAGUUCAGCCCUGGCUUGCUCAUAUUUUGCACAGUGCAACAAAAUAUGUUUUAUGGAAUCGAUGUCUUGAGCACACGAGCAAAGUCUGUCCUGGUAGGGAACUCCUCUCAACCUGCCAUCCAACACUGCGGAAGGAAAGACGUUUAGUCUGGCUUUGGUGAAAAGCCUUCGAUAGUUUGGUACUGUCAGGUUUUUAACGUAAGAUGUUAACUUAAAGACAUGCCCAUAUUGUACCCCUACUGCCAGCGGAUUACAGACCGUACACAGAGUCGGAACGGGACCACGAGAGGAACCUUUGCCCAACACCGGGCUCAAACCCCCACGGCGCUAAGAUUUGAGAGUCUCUGUUGACUGCUCCUAUGCAGAGAGGUUCCCUUGACCAGACCUCUCUGCAGGUUUCCGUGGUGCCUGUUUCCACCCGCGCCCACUGUCUCUGCUGUUUUUGGCUGCUCCCAUUCCGCUCCCCUUUUCCCUCCACCCUCGUGGUGCUUUGUCAGCUCUUUCAUGUCAAGCUAACCCAGCUGGAAAUGAAGGCCGUCCCCAGAGACCCAGCCGCGGAGAGGCUGUAGGCUGCGUGGUGCAGAGAUCAAGCGCUGGCAUGCUGAGGCCGUGCGUUCCCUACUAACUGGGCCCUUGCAACCUCCUCCCAGGGCUUUUACCGUUGCUAUUUUAGGCUCUCUCCUGUCACAGCACUGCCUGGAGAGAUGGGGCUCACCCCUUCCUUUCCUAGGGCUCCUCUUGCCCCAAAAACGAGGGCCGCAGAGACACCACCGUGACAGCUCCAGCUUUCCCACCCACUGCCCUAUCGCUUACGUUCGCCCCUGUUUUUACAGCUCUGUUGCUUAUCGCAGGUGUAGAUUUGCAAGGGGCCACAAGCACACACACCACCGAUCUGGCAAAACCACCCAAGGUGGGUGUGAAAGAGGGCAGGCGGUGGUUCCCCCAGCCUUACCUGGAGAGAUCAGGGAUUGAACCCGAAACCCUCAGGGGGUUGGACCCUCGUCGUCCCUUACAAUCCUACGAUUGUGUGAUCUGUGUGCAAAGCAAAAGCCAUUCCCACUAUAGCACAUCACAUUUUUAAAAAGGAAAAAAAAAACCUCCAUAGACUAAUUAGGUGCACCUUUUUAGCAGGGACGUGGGUGGCGCCGUGGUCUACACCACUGAGCCUCUUGGGCUUGCCGAUCAGAAGGUCGGUGGUUCGAAUCCCCGUGACGGGGUGAGCUCCCAUUGCUCCAUCCCAGCUCCUGCCAACCUAGCAGUUCGAAAGCAUGCCAGCACAAGUAGAUAAAUAGGCACCGCCACAGUGGGAAGGCAAAUGGCGUUUCCGUGCGCUUUGGUUUCCAUCAUGGUGUCCCGUUCCGCCAGAAGCGGUUUAGUCCUGCUGGCCCCAUGACCCGGAAAGCUGUCUGCGGACAAACACCAGCUCCCUUGGCCUGAAAGUGAGAUGAGCGCCGCAACCCCAAAGUCGUCUUAACCGUCCGGGGGUCCUUUACCUUUACCUUUUAGCUGAUUUGUUUUCAAACCCAAUCAGACUUGACCGGCUGGCCAUCCAUCCUUAGAAAGAAGCAUGCAGAAAUUUCCAGGCCCGGACAGGAUUCCCACAUCUGUAUUACUUAUCUGAUUAUGUAUAGCCAUCCUGUGAGAUUGUAGAACUGUAGAGUUUGAUGGGACCACGAGAGUCAUCUAGUCCAACCCUCUGCAACGCUGGAAUUUUUUGCCCAACGUGGGGCUCGAACCCACGAACCCGAGAUUACGAGCCUUGUGAUCUACCGACCGAGCUAUCCUAUACAUGUUUUUUAUAUAUGGCAUUCAGAUCCCACCUUUUUCUUUUUCUUUUUUGAAGUGGGGUCCGUGUUCAGAGUCAAGGACUCUACUGCGGCGCUCAGGGAGGCAAUGGAAAUGGCUGUAAGGGCUCCCCCUUUCUCUCCUCCCUAUUUGUGUAUCCAAGGCAACUGACCCAGCCUCUCUCCCGGGGAGAGGUGCCGUGUUUCCAUUCAUUCAUCUUCCUGCUCGAUAAUGGAUCACAGCAAGGGCAGGUUGAAAGGGCAAAAGGGUGCCCCAGUCCGGGAGCAGAUUGGGUGGCUGAUGGUGCUCAGGAGUUGGCGAGAGCCGAGAAGCACUUAUUGCAAGUUGCCGUAUUUUCCGCUCUAUAAGACGCACCAGACCACAAGGCGCACCUAGUUUUUGGAGGAGGACAAUGAGAGAAAAAAUAUUCUGAAUCCCAGAAGCCAGAACAGCAAGAGGGAUCUGGCUUCUGGGAUAGCCUCUGGCUGUUCUGGCUUCUGGGAUAGCCGCGCCAAGCCUCUUCAGGGCAGCAGGAUGAAGGUUCCCCUGCCCGGAUAUGGCUGCGAGCAGCUAAGGCAGAAGCCAGGAAAGGCGCUGCGCUGAAGGGGCACUGCGCAGCCCUCCCUCUCUGCGCAGCGCCAUUCGCUCCAUAAGACGCACUCACAUUUCCCCUUUUUAGGAGGAAGAAAGUGUGUCUUAUGGAGCAAAAAAUACGGUGCAGUGGUACCUUGGGUUAAGUACUUAAUUUGUUCUGGAGGUCCGUUCUUAACCUGAAGCUGUUCUUAACCUGAAGCACCACUUUAGCUAAUGGGGCCUCCUGCUGCUGCCACAGGAUUUCUGUUCUCAUCCUGAAGCAAAGUUCUUAACCCGAGGUACUAUUUCUGGGUUAGCGGAGUCUGUAACCUGAAGUGUAUGUAACCUGAAGCGUAUGUAACCUGAGGUACCACUGUAUAUAUAUUUUUGUGCUUUAUAUUAUGCUUCAUGAAUGCGUUCACAAGUGCACUGCAAACUAUGAAGAUUGCAAAGUAGGGGAACCAUGGGCUAAUAUCCUGCUCUGACUGCUUCCAACCUUGGAAAUGGCUCUUCACUUCCUUCUGGGCCCUCAGUAACUACCCAGGUUAUACGGGGCAAGGCCUAGGGGGUAGUCUUUGCCACCCAUCCCUCCCUCUUUUAUUAAUUCAGAACUGGGGGGGGGAAUCUGAGACUAACCCCCCCAAAACAUACACACAAAAUAAAAAAAUCCAGAAGGAAGGUCCAUCCUUCAUUCAGUUUAGCUUGCACAUGCAAACAACAUGGAAAUUGUUUCUGUGGUUCCAUUUUUUCUCACCCAGAAAAUGCAGGAGAGAACCUUCCUUCGUUUCCCCUUCGCUUCCUCACUCUGAAUUACAAUCACAACCUUCCCCCCCCCACACACACUUUCCCUUCUCAUCCUCACCAUAGAUGCAUAUGCAAAUGUUUGAAUAUAAUCUCCCAGAGGGGGCUGCAAUCAAUAUCUCCCUGCAGGGUUUGAACCUUUUUUUUUUUUUACUCCUGCAUUAAGUAGGGCACACGCAGGUAGGGGAAAGAGAAGGGACUUAAAAUAGAGCAAAUCGCGUCUUGACCACCUGCGCUGCUAAUGUUUGCCGUUCUGUCGCGUCCCAGUCUGCUUUGUGGGAAGCUGCGGUCUGGCUUGAGUCAGACCUUUGGCCCAACUGCUGUAGGAUUGUCCGAGCCAGCUGCCUGGAUAAUAAUAAUAAUAAUAAUAAUAAUAAUAAUAAUAAUUUAUUAUUUAUACCCCGCCCAUCUGGCUGAGUUUCCCCAGCCACUCUGGGCGGCUCCCAAUUAAGUGUUAAAAACAGUACAGCGUUAAAUAUUAAAAACUUCCUUGAACAGGGCUGCCUUCAGAUGUCUUUUAAAGCUGCUUAUUUCCUGGACAUCUGACGGGAGGGUGUUCCACAGGGUGGGCGCCACUACCGAGAAGGCCCUCUGUCUGGUUCCCUGUAACCUUACUUCUCGCAGUGAGGGAACCACCAGAUGGCCCUCGGCGCUGGAUCUCAGUGUCCAGGCUGAACAAUGGGGGUGGAGACGCUCCUUCAGGUAUACUGGACCGAGGCCAUUUAGGGCUUUAAAGGUCAGAACCAACACAUUGUGCUCGGAAACAUACUGGGAGCCAAUGCAGAUCUCUCAGGACCGGUGUUAUGUGGUCCCUGUGGCCACUCCCAGUCACCAGUCUAGCUGCCGCAUUCUGGAUUAAUUGCAGUUUCUGGGUCACCUUCAAAGGUAGCCCCACGUAGAGCACGUUGCAGUAGUCCAAGUGGGAGAUAACUAGAGCAUGCACCACUCUGGCGAGACAGUCCGCGGGCAGGGAGGGUCUCAUCCUGCGUACCAGAUGGAGCUGCCCUGGACACAGAAUUGACCUGCGCCUCCAUGGACAGCUGUGAGUCCAAAAUGACUCCCAGGCUGCGCACCUGGUCCUUCAGGGGCACAGUUACCCCAUUCAGGACCAGGGAGUCCCCCACACCUGCCCGCCCCCUAUCCCCCCAAAACAGUCCUUCUGUCUUGUCAGGAUUCAACCUCAAUCUGUUAGCCGCUGUUACCCUGGAUAACUGUCCAGGGCCUCAGAUUGGGGACUCAGAACCUUUUCGCAGGCAAAAUGUGUGUGCCACCACUGAUCUGUGCUCUCUCCCCUAAACGUAAAGGAAGGCUCUAGUCCUCAUGGUCUGAGAUAUUGCCAUGGACUGUGGCUGGUUGCUGAGGAGUGGUGGGAGCAGCAGCAGGGGAAGAAGGCUCAGAGCCUGCGUAUUGGUGGUGGGACGAUUAAGAAGGAGCAGACUGGAAACCUAAGCAGAGGCUCUUUUCUUCAUUUCCUUUUAUUAAUAAUUUUGAGGAUUCAGGGUUUUGGGGUUGUUGUUUUUUUAAAAAAAAACCUACUGUUUGCCGAUCGGAAGGUCGGCGGUUCGAAUCCCCACGACAGGCUGAGCUCCCGUUGCUCGGUCCCUGCUCCUGCCAACCUAGCAGUUUGAAAGCACAUCAAAGUGCAAGUAGAUAAAUAGGUACCACUCCGGCGGGAAGGUAAACGGCGUUUCCGUGCGCUGCUCUGGUUCUCCAGAAGCAGCUUAGUCCUGCUGGCCACAUGACCCGGAAGCUGUACGCCAGCUCCCUCGGCCAAUGAAGCGAGAUGAGCGCCGCAACCCCAGAGUCGGCCACGACUGGACCUAGUGGUCAGGUGUCCUUUACCUUUACUUUUACUGUUUUGAGAAGGUGGGAGCAGAUGCAUUUUGGUAUCCUGCACAAAAAUACAUUGAAUUUUUAAAUGUUCUGAGACUCCUUGAGAUCUAUGGAUGAAGGGCGGUACAUUUCUCGGUAGUGGCGCCCGCCCUGUAGAACGCCCUCCCAUCAGAUGUCAAGGAAAUAAACGAUCUGACUUUUAGAAGACAUCUGAAAGCAGCCCUGUUUAGGGAAGGUUUUAAUGUUUGAUGUUAUAUCGUGUUUUUAAUAUUCCGUUGGGAGCCACCCAGAUGGGCGAGGUAUAAAUUUAUUUAUUAAUACUAAUAUUACAGUGGUACCUCAGGUUACAUACGCUUCAGGUUACAUAUGCUUCAGGUUACAGACUCCGCUAACCCAGAAAUAGUACCUCGGGUUAAGAACUUUGCUUCAGGAUGAGAACAGAAAUCGUGCAGCAGCAGGAGGCCCCAUUAGCUAAAGUGGUGCUUCAGGCUAAGAACAGUUUCAGGUUAAGAACGGACCUCCAGAACGAAUUAAGUACUUAACCCGAGGUACCACUGUAUUCUAGAUGGGAGUGUGCGUUGAUGCCAUCCUCCCCCCCUUCCAAGAAAAGAGAUGAUAAUAUUAAAAAAAAUACACAGUCCGGAAAUCCCAGCUGGAGCAGACAGGGAGCAAACGUUCACGCAAAUGACAGCAAAUGGAUUUAAAAGAAAGUCUGACGGUUAUUUUCUAGGAAAUCCUUAACUCCCAGAUGGCAGCUGCAGACUUGGGAGGCUGGCACAGCUGCAAAAAGAAUCCAUCUGCUUUCUCUCCCAACACACGGACUCCCCAGAUGCUGACCUUGAUAGGAGGCAAUUGGUGGGGCUGAUGUGAUUAAGAACUCUGCACUCCCCACCAUCCCCAAUUGGCAGAUGGCUUCAGAGACUUGCAGUGGACGGAUGGGUGGAAAAGUAGCCCUGAGAAGAGCUGGAAGAGGAGGGCUAGCUCUUGGGGGGCAUUCCUGGAGUGGCUCAGUCAGUAGAACAUAAGAUUUUUAAUCUCAGGGUUGUGGGUUCGAUCCCCACGUUGGGCGAAAAAAAUUCCUGCAUUGUAGGGUGUUGGACUAGAUGACCCAUGGGGUCCCUUCCAGCUCUGUUGUUGUUGUUUAUUAGUCAUUUAGUCGUGUCCGACUCUUCGUGACCCCCUGGACCAGAGCACGCCAGGCACUCCUGUCUUCCACUGCCUCCCGCAAUUUGGUCAAACUCAUGCUGGUAGCUUCGAGAACACUGUCCCACCAUCUCGUCCUCUGUUGUCCCCUUCUCCUUGUGCCCUCCAUCUUUCCCAACAUCAGGGUCUUUUCCAGGGAGUCUUCUCUUCUCCUGAGGUGGCCAAAGUAUUGGAGCCUCAGCUUCAUGAUCUGUCCUUCCAGUGAGCACUCAGGGCUGAUUUCCUUCCGAAUGGAGAGGUUGGAUCUUCCUGCAGUCCAUGGGACUCUCCAGAGUCUCCUCCAGCACCAGAAUUCAAAAGCACCCAUUCUUCAGCAAUUAGCCUUCUUUAUAGUCCAGCUCUCACUUCCAUACAUCACUACUGGGAAAACCAUAGCUUUUACUAUACAGACCUUUGUUGGCAAGGUGAUGUCUCUGCUUUUUAAGAUGCUGUCUAGGUUUGUCAUUGCUUUUCUCCCAAGACCCUUCCAGCUCUACAAUUCUAUGAUUCUAAAAUGCACACCUUUCGCUGGCUGUGCUCCUGGAGAGCUCUUUGUGUGCCUAGGGAUGACCUCGUGCAGCUUUUAAUUUAACCGCAAAGGCAAGAUUCACAAAUAUGGCUCCGCCCAUCUUUAAAAAAUUGCCCCUGGCCCCCCGCGCCACUGCCACGUGGCCCUUGGAAGAUUGCCCGUAAGGAAAUGUGCCCCCAACCCACCAGGUUGGAAAAGCGUCCUUGCCCAGGAAUAGCUCUUAAUCUCCGGGUCGUGGGUUAGAGCCCCACAUUGGGCAAAAGGUUACUCGAUCGUAGGGGGUUUGGCUAGAUGACCCCUGGGGUCUCUUCCAGCCCUGCAGUUCCAAGAUUCACCCAGAGACCGACCACUAAAUCCAGAUGGACCCAAUGAGAGCCAUCUUCCAAGGCUGUUUCAUGGAAGAUGCAGCAAGCUUGUUUCCUUCGGCUCCCGAGGGCAGGACCUGGGUCAGAUCACUGGUCCAUUUAGUUCAGCGCUGUCUUUGUGAGACGGAUGUUGGCAGGCUGGAAGGUGUGCAGAGGGGGGCAAACCAGAAGAUCAAGGGUCUGGGAACCAAGCCUGAUGAGGAGCGGUUAAAGGAGCUGGGUAUGUUUAGCCUGGAAAAGAGAGUGAGAGGAGACAGGAGAGCCUUCUUCCAGUAUCUCAGGGGUGCCCAAACUUUUUUCAAAGAGGGCCAGAUUUGAUGAAGUGAACAUGCGUGAGGGCCAACCAAAGUUGUUGAGCUUUCUGGGGGAUUUUACUGCCACAGUGGCCAGAUUAAAUUAGGCCUUUGGAAAUUCUUGCAAUAUCUGAAGGGCUGUCCCACGGAAGAGGGAAUAAUAAUAAUAAUAACAACCACAACAACUUUUAUUUAUACCUCGGCUGCAGCCUGGUUCAGGGCGGCUAACACCAAUAAAAGCACAGUAAAAACAUAAUAGGGGGAAGGGGGGAAGAGAAAAGAAAAGAAAACCAAUUUAAAAUACAGGUUAAAAUGCAAUUUUAAAAUGCAGCCUCAUUUUAAAGUAGCUGAUAAAUCUUGUUUUCUCCUCUUGUUCCGGAGGAGAGGACUCGAACCCAUGGCUUCGAGUUACAAGGAAGGAGAUUCCGACUCUUGUCGGAAAGCUCUUCCUGAUGUUGACAGCUGUCUGGCUGUGGAAGGUGCUGGAUUCUCCUUCCUUGGCGGUUUUUAAGCAGAGGUUAGGUGGCCAUCUUUGGUUGAGAUUCCUGCAUUGCAGAGGGUUGGACUGGAUGACCCCUAGGGUCCCUCCGUGAGUCGAGGGUUCCUAACCCCGAGGACCCACCGUCUCCACUCGUUUCCCUCCCCUCUUUUCCUGCAGCUGGUUUCGGAAAAAGCACACGCAGGCCGACCCUCUGGUCCCCAUCCCGCCCAGCCCGGAGACGAAGGACCGAUGGCGGAGUAUGACGGUGGUGCCUUACCUGGAAGACCUGCACGGCUACAACGAAGAGGAGGACGACGACGACUUGAAAGAUGACUAUUUGGAGGACGAGAUCAUCUACACUCAGGACUUCACCGUGCCAGGUAAGGGAGCCGGGAAGCGGCAGGGGAUGGUUCCCGUUGGUCUUGGGGGCCCAGCCAGGUGUACAGCAGGGCUGGAUUUAGGUUUGAUGAGGCCCUCAGCUACUGAAGAGGGACGCGGGUGGCGCUGUGGGUUAAACCACAGAGCCUAGGACUUGCCGAUCAGAAGGUCGGCGGUUUGAAUCCCCGCGACGACGGGGUGAGCUCCCGUUGCUCGGUCCCUGUUCCUGCCAACCUAGCAGUUCGAAAGCACGUCAAAGUGCAAGUAGAUUGAUAGGUACCACUCCGGCAGGAAGGUAAACGGCGUUUCCGUGCGCAGCUCUGGUUUGCCAGAAGCGGCUUAGUCCUGCUGGCCGCAUGACCCGGAAGCUGUACGCCGGCUCCCUCGGCCAGUAAAGCGAGAUGAGCGCCGCAACCCCAGAGUCGGCCACGACUGGACCUAAUGGUCAGGGGUUCCUUUACCUUUAAGCUACUGAAGGCGCUAAUUGUUGUCAACACCCGUCCGUCUCAAUGGACAAUGGAGUGUGUCUUUGGGGGUGAAGCCAAAUUGAUGCAUCUACAGCAUCGAAGGGACUUCCCCGGGGCGCAAGCCUGGGCCAUGUGUCUGGUGGUCUUUGGCUGCCCAGAAGGCCAAACCCCCCUCUCAGCUUCAAAGAUCGGGUCCGAAGGAAAGCAGAGCAAGACAUUUGGCACCAGUUUGGGUCAGGGCCAGAUUUAGGUUUGAUGAGGCCCUCAGCUACUGAAGGUAAUGGGGCCCUUUCUAUGUCCAGCUGUCCUUUGUCAGCCACAAAUUGUCGCUGUUUUUGUGUGUGGAAUGUAUGCUAUAUGGUAAUUUAUGGACCUAACAGAUAUCUGAAGCCAUUUGCCCAUGUGGCCAUGCAACCAGUCCAUGCAGAAUGUAGGCACCCUAUAUAUAAAGGUAAAGGUACCCCUGACCAUUAGGUCCAGUCGUGACCGACUCUGGGGUUGCGGCGCUCAUCUCGCUCUAUGGGCCGAGGGAGCCGGCCGCAGACAGCUUCCGGGUCAUGUGGCCAGCAGGACUAAGCCGCUUCUGGCGAACCAGAGCAGCGCACGGAAAUGCCGUUUCCCUUCACGCCGGAGUGGUACCUAUUUAUCUACUUGCACUUUGACGUGCUUUUGAACUGCUAGGUGGGCAGGAGCAGGGACCGAGCAACGGGAGCUCACUCUGUCACGGGGAUUCGAACCGCCGACCUUCUGAUCGGCAAGUCCUAGGCUCUGUGGUUUAACCCACAGCGCCACCCGCGUCCCUAUAUAUAGAAAGGAGCAAACCAGGGAUAUUUUAGGGAGCAGGCUAGCAGGCAGGGCCCAUGACUUACAUCAUAGGAGCCUGCACAGCACAAAACUCCAUUGCUGUAGGUAGGUUUUAUUUUAUUUGUUUUUUAUCUUAUAUUUUGGAAAUCUACAUCCAGGUGUUUUUUUCCUUUACAUUUUUGGGGCUUGUUUAGCUUAUGCAUAAAUCCAGCACUGGCUUCCAGGGAGGAAUGGCCUACAAGCUAAGAAGAGCUCAGCUUCAGUGCUUGGCUAUGUUGUUAAGAUGGCUUGCUUCGUUCUUUGCUAUGCAUUUUGCAUUUUUUACAUUGCGAUUUUGUGUUGCGGAGAACCCCCUAGGGCCUACGGAUGUUGGACGUUGUAAAAAUUAAAAUAAUAGCAAUCAUAAUAUUGUGCAGAUGGCAGUGGAGUUCAUAACCAGGGGGACGGAUUCCCUGCAGAUGUGCUGGGGGGGGCAGGGGAGGAGAAAUUACUUGCCUUCGUUGUGUCCCUGAAAUCAGCUAGAAGGGGGGUGGCUUCCGUCUCCAAGGUUUGCAUUAAUCAUGCAACUAGCAGCUGCAGUUGCAAUCGAAAUUACUCAAUUGCCCGUUGGAAACAAGGUUUGUUAUCAAAAUUUACAGACCGUUUGCACUGAGCAAAUGAAAGUUGCCUUUUCAGCUGAAUUUGGGGGAACGAUUUGAAGCAUCCGUCGCGUUCCGCUAUUUCGAUUGCUUUUGUUUGAUUUGCUCCUUUGCAAGCCGCUGAAAUCUUCACUUCCAACUUGGGUUGCCUGCCGCGCGCGUUGUCCAACCCUCCCUCCCUGACGGCCUCGUGUUGCGUUUCCCUCAGGUGACGACAGCGAGGCAGGGCUUAGAGAGGAUGAGAGCGCAGAUCAGGAAGGAUAUUUUGCACUCCUCUUCGGGGAAGGAGAUUCCACCGCCGCUGCCACCAGCUCAGAGGAAGGAAGGAGGCUUAGCUUAGAUGGCAAGAGAGCUCAGGAGACAGAGGAAGACAACAAGGCGGCUUGUUUUUCCACCAGCUAG